AUGGCAGAGGAAGAUAUGACAACCUCUGGCUCCGCACGCGAUACUGGCAAGAUGCCAGAACGCGAGGAAUCCGAGGAUGGCACGCCCAGUCCUAUGCCGAUACCUACGCCGAAUCCUAACGGCAUGGUGACCAUGGCAGCAGCAGAUCUCAUUGCACUCUGCGAGCGACUGAUAUCAGCACGCGCGCCGCCACCUCCUCCACCUCCUCCGAACCCUAUACCAGAAGAAGAUCCGAACAUGCUGGCUCGCGAAUACCAGAAGGAAGCGCAGGCCUCGUUGAACACAAAGUCCGUCACCACGUUCGAUGGCACCAACUACCAGACGUGGAAGAUGGCGUUCUUGUCGGAUGCAGAAGUGAUCGGUGGUGCAAAUAUUCUUAAUAAGAACCAACAGGAACCACCUGAAGGUUUAUCAUCGCUCGAUCAGCGAUAUUGGGUGAUACGUUCAAAACUUCUCUUCCGUCGCAUGUUGCAAUCCCUAGUAGGUUCUGUCCGUUUGACCAUGGGAUCCAUUCAACCCGACAACGCGGCGGCCCUAUGGAACAAG